AGCAUGCAAUUACUAAAAUUGAGAGAACUCCAUCACUUACAGCUAUUCCUCCUGCCUUUAUGUUAAAAUCAGAAGAACAUGGCUUCUCCAACUGUUAAUUAUCCAUCAAUUAUCAUGCCAUCAAGGAAAUGCUGGAUGAUCAAUCAAAAGCUAUCACAAGUCAGAGCUCAGAGCAAUAAAGAUGAAGUAGAAAAAAACGGCAAGAGAUCAUGGCGUGCAGAUGUACGAGUUUUGAGGGAAAGAAUAGAAGAGGUGAAGACCAAAGAAAGAUUGGAGAAAUCCUUGGCAUGUAAACAGGGUUGGAAUUACUACUCAACUACUAGAGCAAGUUAUGACAAGAAUCAAAAGAGAAAAAUAGAUUAUUUAUCUCAAAGUGUUGAAUUUUUCGGUAUGGUUUGUGGGACUUUUAGCUGCACUAUUCUUGGCUGCACACUUUGCCUGUACCUCACUUCUACUAUAAUUCAUUUGAAUCCUUGAAUCUUAUAUAUACACAUAAAAAGGAAAAAUAUAUAUAA